AUGGCGGCGACACCAUCUCCAAGUCCCGGAUUCGAUCCAUCCACCCAGACCGUCAUCUUCCACCUACGAGAUGGCACUGAGUUACCCGUCUCAGUACAAGCACUGGACAUCUUCGUCAUGUACAAUGUCCGGGUAUGCAUCAACUACGGUUGCCAGUUUGGGGCAUCGCUCACGUUGCUGGUUAUUCUUCUGCUUUUGACCCAUUCCGACAAGCGCCGUUCGGCGGUUUUUAUCCUGAACGCCCUGGCGUUGUUCCUCAACAGCGGGCGUCUGCUUUUCCAAGUCAUCCACUUCUCUACUGGAUUCGAAACGGUAUAUCCAUUCGUCUCCGGCGACUAUUCAUCCGUGCCGUGGAGCGCAUACGCCAUUUCCAUCGUGGCUGUCGUUCUCACCACCCUAGUCGUCGUCUGCAUCGAAGCAUCACUUGUGAUUCAAGUGCACGUUGUUUGCUCUACACUAUGUCGUCGAUACCGACAUCCUCUCCUAGUGUUAUCUGUUCUGGUCGCCCUGGUGCCGAUUGGAUUCCGCUGUGCAUGGAUGGUUGUGAACUGCAAGGCCAUCAUCACACUCAACUACAUGUCUGAUAUAUGGUGGAUAGAAAGCGCAACCAACAUCUGCGUCACCAUCAGCAUCUGCUUCUUCUGCGUCAUCUUCGUCACCAAGCUCGGAUUCGCCAUCAAACAGCGCCGCCGACUCGGCGUGCGCGAAUUCGGCCCGAUGAAAGUCAUCUUCGUCAUGGGCUGCCAGACCAUGGUUGUCCCCGCCAUCUUCUCCAUCGUCCAGUACUACAUCACUGUGCCAGAACUGGCCUCCAAUGUGGUGACAUUGGUCGUCAUCUCACUCCCACUCUCGUCAAUCUGGGCGGGUGCCGCCCUCGAGCACUCCCGACGUACCGGAAGCCAAGAUCCUCAACGCCGACGCAACUUAUGGCGGGUCCUUGCUGGUGGUGCAGAAAGCUUACUGUCUCCCACAAAGGACAGUCCAACGAGCCUGACUGCUAUGACUGCUGCGCAGACUCUGUGCUACUCGGACCAUACCAUGAGCAAGAGCUCAUACAACUCGCGCGACAACGAUGCUUUCUAUGGAAUAUCGGUUGAACACGAUAUUACGAUCAAUCGAGUUCAAAGAAACAAUGAGAUCGUGUGA